AUGACGACUGUAACCAGGCAACAAGAACUCGAAAGAGUUGAGAAGAUGGCAAAGGAUAACACGGUAUUGAUACAGACGCAACAAGUAAUUCUCGAAGAUAAUGCUACACACAUCAGGAAUUUGCAAGUUCAGAUGACUGAAAUGUGUGCACAAUUAAGGGAAAUGAAAGAGAUAAUGAACAACAAUCGCAGAGGAGAAAGAAAUGGCGACAAUCGAUUGGUUCGAGUAGGGAGGCUGGAUUUUCCUCGAUUUAAUGGAGAAGAUGUCGAAGGGUGGAUUUACAAAUGUAAUCAUUUCUUUGCCAUCGAUAAAACACCAGAUGAACACAAGGUUCAAGUGGCGGUUGUUAACCUAGAAGGUGCUGCACUGCAAUGGCAUCAGGCCUAUGCUGCAAGUCAAGAUCAAUUGGUAGAAGACAUGAUUUGGGAAGAUUAUGUAAGAUCUAUAGAGAAUAGGUUUUCUAAUAGGCUGAAUGAGGAACCUAUAGAAGAACUAAAGAAUUUACAACAAACAGGAUCUCUGCAAGAAUACUGUGAAGCUUUUGAUGCUCUCUUGAAUAGGGUGAAACUUUGUGAAGAAUAUGCAGCAGGGUUAUUCGUGGCUGGCAUCAAACCAGAAGUGAGAUGUCUCGUGAAGAUGUUCAAGCCCAAGACGGUCAUAUAUGCUAUUGCAAUGGCAAAACAACAAGAAUUGGUUUAUACAACUUUAAUUGAUAACAAAGAAGUCAAGAAACCUAUGCUCAGCAACAGUUAUCAAGGUAACAAUGCAAGAAACACUUCUACAAGUAUGGUGAGUUAUUACAAGUCUAAUACACUACCUGCUAAUAACACCAACACAUUAUCCUUGCUACCAACCCCACCAGCGUCAAAGAUGGUGAAGCCUAUCCGAAAAAUAUCAACCAAAGAAACUGAGGAAAAAAGAGCCAGAGGUGAGUGUUUUUGGUGCCCCGAGAAGUACACUUCCACACAUAACUGUAAAUACAAGCAGUUAUAUGUACUUCAAAUUGAAAACGAUGAAUUAGAAGAAUCUGAUAGUAACAGCUCAGUCAUUGAAGUUCAAGAAAUGGAAGGAUCUCUACAAAUUUCGUUGAAUGCAAUUUUGGGUAUACCUUCCUACAACACUAUGAGAAUAGUUGGUACAAUUGGAACAAAACAGUUACAGAUACUAGUGGAUUCUGGUUCCACACACAAUUUUUUGAAUGAAGAAUUGGCAAGAAGGCUACAGUGUCCAACAAUUGAAGUCCCAUCUUUAUCUGUUGCAGUAGCUGAUGGUAACAAGAUGUCUUGUGUUCAACUAUGUCAAAACUUCCAAUGGAUGAUGCAAGGAGUAUGGUAUAAAUCCGAUGUUCUUUUACUUCCUUUGAAAAAUUAUGAUAUGGUAUUAGGCAUUCAGUGGUUGAGUACAUUGGGGGACAUCAGUUGGAACUUUAAAGAAUUAAUAAUGAAAUUUAGUUUGGGCAAUAACCAGUUUGAGUUAAAAGGGACAAAUAACCAAGGGUUGACUCUAGUGUCCUUAGAAAAAAUGUGGGAAGGGUUUGAGAAUGGGAAUGUACAGGCUGAAAUGUUUAGUAUGCAAACAAAAGUAGAUGGAGUGUUUCAACAUCAAGCAAAAAUAAGCAAUGAAGUUAAUGAUGAAGUGUUGAAUGGGUUGUUAGAUGAAUUUAAAGAUGUUUUUGAAGAACCCACAGCUUUACCUCCUAGGAGAUCAUGUGACCAUAGGAUAAAAUUGAUUGAUGAGACUAAAGCAAUUAACCAAAGGGCUUAUAGAUAUCCGGUGGGUCAGAAAGAUGUGAUAGAAAAAAUGGUGCAAGAAAUGAAAGAGAUGGGCAUCAUACAAGAUAGUGUUAGUGAAUUUGCAUCACCUGUAGUCCUAGUUAAAAAAAAGAUGGCAAUUGGAGGUUUUGUGUGGACUAUAGAAAAUUGA